AUGGUAGCCCUCAAUCCCCUCGUGGCCGCCGCCGUCCUGGCCCUCCUCGCCACCCCCAGAGCCCAGGGUGCCCGCACAUUCUCCAACUCGGGCACCCUCAACGGCUGGGACUUUGUGCGGCGCGAGCACCAGGGGACCGUCACGCAGGUCGACAACGUCAGCUACAAGGCAGGCGGCACGGCACUCAAAAUGACGCAGCGGUACGACGCAAACUACAGGGGCCGCUUCCACUCCGAGGUCGACCAUAACUACGGCUACCGGCGCGGCGACGACCUCUUCUACGGUUUCGCGUUCCGCCUCUCCGACUCGUGGCAGUUCCAGGACCAGUCGUACAACAUUGCCCAGUUCAUCGCCAACCGCCCCGGCGCCGGCUGCGGUGGCGACGACUGGAUGCCUUCGGCCAUGCUCUGGAUACAGGGGAACCAGCUCGCCUCGCGCAUCGUCAGCGGCCACUACCGUCAGCCCGACUGCGGCCGCAAGGUCGAUCCCCUGCCGAACCUCGCCGUCGUCGAGGCUGGCAAGUGGCACAGGGUCGUGGUCCAGGCCAGGUGGGCCAGCGACAGCUCGGGCUUCUACAAGAUCUGGUUCGACGGCAAAAAGGUCCUCGACCGCCGUGGCGUGGCCACCACUCUCGACGACGACAGUGUCUUUCAGUUCCGCGUUGGUCUGUACGCCAAUGGCUGGCACGACGACGGCCACAUCAAGGGGAGCCAGGACUUCCGCCAGGUCUGGUUUGACGAGGUUGCCAUUGGUACCGAGUUCAAGGACGCCGAUCCCGGCGAGCAGUAG